GAUUGAAGCAAAACAUAAAUGUUCUCCUGAAUUCACAACAUCUACAGGAUUAUUAAUAGUACAAAAUGAGAUUGUAAGUGAAAUGUAACUUGAAUUCACAACAAAUAAGUAACAACCAGAGAAAUGAAAAACAUGGCUGUCAUAAAACUUUAACAGAAGGAAAAGUUAAGAAAAGGAAAGAAACAAGUUACGCUCGAACGCAACCCUAACGAUAUUUAAUUUUUUGUUACAGAACUGGCCGCUCCAAGAAAUUCAAAUUCGGAAUGACAUAACAAUCCGGCUACAUAUUCGAAAAAUUUAAACAACCAUAAAGUUCGUUUAGUUUCAAGUUUUUUUAAAUUAAAAAAAAUAUUUCUUAGUCGAUUUAGCAGAUUGAAGUUUUUGUAAGUUUUGAGGUUACUAAACAUCAAAAUGCUUCGUUACUGGUUGUGUUUCGCGAGUGCAGUGUGUCUGGCGGGGCAUUGCGGGGCUAAUUACUGUAGGGACGCCAAUCUGUGUUGUCCCGGGAGAGAUAGCUCGUGUGUCGUACAAAAAGCCCACCAGAAUGCCAUAAUUGAAGACUUGACGGACAAGCCGUGCUACUGUGACCAUGCUUGUUUGAAACUCGGGGACUGCUGUCCUGAUUUCCGGGAAACGUGUGGAGUAAUAGACUGCGUGGUCUCCGGCUGGGGUCCGUGGUCUGACUGCGACACCAACUGCGGGUCUGGCAGCAUGGUGCGCAGCCGGCGCGUGGUACAGGCCCCGGCUCACGGGGGCCGGCACUGCCCGUCACUCGUGCAGCGGCGAGCUUGCCAGGAGCAUACGGGGUGUUCAGAAGACAGCGAUGUUCCGUUAAGAGAUGAGACAGCAAUGCUUCUGCCGGGCGUGCUGUCAGUGAGCCGCCAUUCGAACGAAACCGUUGACAUCCGGAAGAACCUCCGCCUGCGCAACCCUGACGACCCCGAGUCCAACUCCCAUAGAGAAUACUGCGCUCAGUUCGAGGUCACCAAAGUCUCCAAGUUCUGCCAUUCGGAUUCCGACUAUAAAUCCCUGAGAGAAGGGAAUACGGUCUGCGUCUUGUGCGAGACAGCGGCUCUCCGUCGUGACCUCAAAUGGCGCUGCAGCGGCCACGGCGUCCCAGGGCACGCGACCCGCUUCUAUGCCCUGGUUGCCCCGCACUGCCAUGGAAAAUGGGUGAAGUCGGCCCAGAACCCGGAUAAACGGAGCGACUGCUGUGCCAACCCUAAUUUCAUAUUUGUUUAAUUAAAAAAAAAUUCAAAAAGUUUACAUUUAAAAAGGAUGUUCAAACGAAACUUAA